AGUUGCCUUUAGGAUGUGGUGCCAGCCAAGGACGUAAAGUCGCGUAAUUGGUUGUGCAGUUGAGUUUCAGUUAAAUGCCUCUCCAGCUGAAGUGACUCCUCUCCUCAGCACAGCAGCACUACUGAGCUCUCUCAUCCCAUAACACUGCAAGCAUACAGCGAACUUUUUGAACUCUCUUGAACUUUCUAUUUAACGUUUUUAAUACUUAUUUUUUACUUUAAAUCAUGUUUUGGUCACCGUUGCUGUGCGUAAUCGUCGCUUUUGCGUCUGUGCCGGCUGAUGCGCAAAUCUCCAGCCGGUAUGUUAUCGGAUGUCCCGCUCGGUGUGACAAGUCGAUGUGUCCUCGGCUACCAGCGGAUUGCCCGGCGGGACAGGCUCUCGACGCCUGCCAUUGCUGCCCGGUGUGCGGUUCCGGCGAGGGCGAAGCCUGCGGCGGCAGCGGGAAGCUCGGGGACCCGUUGUGCGGAGAGGGGUUGGAGUGCUCGGUGUCCGGCGGGGUGGGAUACAGCGUCACGGUCAGGAGGAGAAGCAAGACUGGGAUUUGCGUGUGCAAAGCCACCGAGCCGGUUUGUGGCAGCGAUGGGGUGUCCUACCGGAAUAUCUGCGAGCUGAAGAGGGUCAGCCGCCGGGCGCAAAAGCUGCAGCAGCCACCUGUUCUUUUCAUUCAGCGGGGAGCCUGCGGGAAAGCUCAGGACAACCCAGACAGCCCGAGACACAAAUACAACUUCAUUGCCGACGUGGUGGAGAGAAUUGCCCCGUCUGUGGUUCACAUUGAACUUUACCGCAAGAUGACUUAUUCUAAGCGAGAGGUGGCGGUGGCCAGUGGUUCUGGCUUCGUUGUGUCAGAAGAUGGCCAGAUUGUGACCAACGCCCACGUAGUGGCCAAUAAACACCGUGUGAAAGUGGAGCUAAAGAGCGGAGCUUCCUACGAUGCCAAAAUCAAAGAUGUGGACGAGAAAUCUGACAUCGCCCUCAUCAAGAUUGAUACCCCGACCAAGCUUCCUGUGCUGUUGCUUGGCCGUUCAUCAGACCUGAGACCAGGGGAGUUUGUGGUCGCUAUUGGCAGCCCCUUUUCCCUGCAGAACACAGUUACCACAGGAAUCGUCAGCACCACUCAGCGAGGGGGCAGGGAGCUGGGCCUUCGCAAUUCUGACAUGGACUACAUUCAGACUGACGCUAUCAUCAAUUACGGCAACUCUGGAGGUCCUUUGUUAAAUCUGGAUGGCGAGGUAAUUGGAAUCAACACGCUGAAAGUGACGGCUGGCAUUUCCUUUGCCAUACCCUCAGACAAGAUUCGACAAUUCCUGGCAGAGUCCUACGACAGGCAGUCCAGAGGGAGAGCAGCUGCUAAAAAGAAGUACAUUGGUGUUAGGAUGAUGACUCUCACUCCAUCAUUGGCUAAAGAGCUGAAGACUCGACACCGUGACUUCCCUGACAUCACCUCCGGAGCUUACGUUAUGGAAGUCAUUGCGAAGACACCAGCUGCAAUUGCUGGACUCAAAGAGCAUGACGUCAUCAUCUCCAUCAACGGCCAAAGGAUUUCAUCCGCGACCGAUGUCAGCACUGUCAUCAAAAGGGACGACACCUUGAGAGUAGUCGUGCGUCGCGGAAACGAGGACGCUAUCCUCACUGUUGUCCCCAUGGAGAUCGACCCUUGACCUUUCCAGAUUCACAACACAGCUGGAGCUAGGUUUUACUUAUCACCAGUGGACCUAAUAUCGGAGGAGGGCUUUUACUGACAUGCCCUCCUCCUGUGGCUAAAGGCCAGUGUCACCACACAUCCAGGAAAAAAUCUGGCUCUGCCUUGAAAGGAACGACUGUACAGAUGCUCUAAAAGCAGCGCUGUACUUUGUUUUCCAUGUGUGUUUUCACUUUAAGUCUUUAAUGCUUUUAAUCAAUGCUACUACUGUUUGGUCACAAACGUUGGCAUAUUGUUUUUAUCUGCUUUCUCUUGUUUUGUGUCUUUUUUAAUAUGGACUUUUUCUCAGUCAGGCCUUCAACUAGACUCUCGCUGGGCAAAUCUUAUUUGUACAAUUGUUGUUUUUUAAAACUCCUUUUUAAAAGUACUGUAGAAUGUUUUUGUUGAUUAUGUGAUGUAUACUGAGAAUAAAAUAAAAGAUUUAACUUCUUUUUGUUUUGA